AUGAACGGCUCUGGGCUGAGGCGCGCUCCAACAGUUCCAGAGGCGGACGGUAUUGCAGCAUACUCUCUUGCAACUCGAAGCCUCAACAACCCAGAUCAGACUGUUUUCGUCUCUGGCUUUGUUGCAGCCGACGAGUCGCUUAAUAGCGGAGAAGGUGCUGCUGUCACGGAUUCACCCGAACGGCUUCUAGCAGAACUUUUUACUCAGUUUGCGCCAGUGCGUCGAGUGUCGAUUCCCAGAGAUCGCAUUACAGGCAAAAUUCUAGGAAACUAUGCCUUUGUCGAGUUUUUUUCAACGGAGGAUGCGAGCUAUGCAGCAAAGGUGGUGGACGGCGUGAGGUUCAACGGUCGCCGUUUGCUUGCGAGAGGGCCGUCAGUGCAGCAGCUCUCAGAGAAGUGA